AUGCAAGAUCUGCACCAUAAAUUAAUUGGAUUGUCCUUGACAGAGCUGAGGUUAACCUUAGAAUGUCAUCGCAAACAUCUACCAGAGAAAGAGGAUUUAACUGGUUCGAGUUGGACCAAACAGUUGGAGAAGCCGCGCGAUAGGUCGCCUAAAGCUCCGUAUUUCUUCCUGAAUCUGGAGAUAUCGGACAAACUGCUGCAUUUAACGCCAAACGAAGCCGAAUUUUUUCGGUCUUUCCGCGAGGUUUUUCAAACUUGGGAAUCGACAUGCUCUGGAAUUGUGCCAAUUAAAGCGACAGGAGUUUUUGAACCCUUUAUCAGACCAGUCAUCCACGGUUGGAAAACAGAAGUACUUUGCGAGCUUGGGUCCCCAUCCGAAGAAAUUUUCGAGAUCGAUGAGCACUUGUCUCGCGAGAAAACCACCAUUUUGGAGAAUUUGAUGGACAAUUUUCGUGGGGUUAAACAAUAUAUAAAAAGAUUUGAGUCCGUUCAAGAAAUUUACUGUGCGAUAGACGUGGAUCCUGCGGUCAUAAUACAGGAGAAAGAUACGAAACUAUUCAGCGAGACUUUUAAGCAAUAUAACGAAAAUAUUAGAAAAAUUGAAAGAAUUAUCGAUCACCAGCUGCUGGGAAUAUUUUAUUUGAGAUUGGACCCAAUGAAGGAAUCUCUAUUACCAAAAUGUCACGAGAUCCUAACUGCCAUUGAAAGUGCCGUCCCACGAAUUGGCAAAGAACGUGUUAGUAACCUUGCGACCGAAAUAAAAGGAACCCAUUAUUACAUACGAUCGGAUCCAAGACAAAAUCAUGAGUUUGUUGAGUACCAAGUAUUCUUGGGGAAGAUUUUGACGCGGGUGGAGGAAAUGAAAGAGGAGAUGAUUUAUUGCAAAGGGUUGUACGAAAUGAUGGAACACUAUUCGGUGCCAGUUAACUCAGAGGAUAGAAAUAAUAUUUCGGAAGUAGAUAAAGCCUUGAGCGAACUGGAAGUUGCCGCCAAAAAGAGGGUUCAGGAGAAAGACGAACUGGAGAGAAAACUCAACGACCAAAUUCAAAGGGACACGAAAAUGCUGGUCAGGGAGGUCACACGAAUAAAAAAUGAGGCCUUGGAACCUUGGCUGAUUGAGGAGGGCAGAGACGUAAUGGAGGCAAAAUUAGCACAAGCCACUCUCAUGGGGCAGCUUGAAGACUGUCAUAAAACCGCUACGCAAUGUAAACAGUACCAGAAUGAAGCUAAAGAAAAUUCGGCUUUAGAGCGUGUAAUGCACGACAUAGAGACUUUGAAACUCUUAUGGGAAUGCUCUGACGCGUGGGAGACGGUGGUGGAGGAGUGGUACAAGGCUAAUUUUCACACACUACAAUAUGAUGUCAUUAACAGUUUUGUCGUUAAAUACCAGGCUGACGUCACAAAGCUUCAAAGAGGGCUGCCGUACAACGUCGUCGUCCAAAAACUUGAGGCGAACAUCAAGUCUCUCUCAGAAAAAUUACCCGUUAUUAAAGCUCUCCGGGAGACAUCUUUGAGGGAAAGACACUGGUCAGAAAUCGAAAACGUGCUGAAUUUCAAAGCCGAUCAAACUCAACCCGUGACGCUGAAGAUGUUGGCUGAAACGGACAUUAUGUCGAAGGCUGAAAACUUGACCGACAUUGCAGCACGAGCAAUAGCGGAGGCAGAAUUGGAGAGCCUCCUACGAAAGAUCGAGAUUUGUUGGGAAAGUCUGCAAUUUGAAGUAGAGGCUACCAAUCAGGAGACAAAAAUUCUUCAGCUGAAAGAUCUCAGUGGCGUCUACGAGGCGCUGGACGAUAGCUGUGUCAAUAUUGCAAUCAUAACCAAUUCUAAGCAUAUAAAACCCAUCAAGCACAAAGUGACCGUCUGGGUAGCAUAUUUGGAGACUUUGCAGAGAAUGUUGGACGAGUGGUGGCAUUGUCAACGUCGUUGGAUUACUCUUUUGUUUCUUUUUUCGAUCCCGGAUAUGCAUAGGCAGUUACCGGAAGUUGGUCGACUAUUCACGGAAGUUAACAGCACCUACGCACUGAUCAUGCAAACCACGGCGGAAGAUCCGUUGAUAUUGUCAUCGGUUAAAAAUCCUAAACUCUUGGAAAGUUUGGUGCAAUGUAAUUUAACUUUGGAUACGAUCAUGCAUAAUUUGGAGGCUUUUCUACAAAGUAAGAGGGCCAGUUUUCCGAGAUUUUAUUACUUGUCGAAUGAAGAAUUACUCAACAUUCUCUCGCAGGCUAACAACCCUCACGUUGUGGACGACUGCAUCCAAAAAUGCUUCCAUUCGAUUUCGAAGCUUGGGUUCAAGAUAGCCAGCACAAAAAAACCUGAAUUAAGGGAAAAAACCAAUAAAUAUUGUAAAAUUGUCGCUCUGGAAGUCAGCAGUGUACUCUCGCCGGAGGGUGAAAAGUUUAACCUUCACAAGUGUGUAAAAGCUCGAGGAAACGUAGAGUACUGGUUAGAAAAGCUCGAGGAAACAGUGGCUCAAACUUUGCAACAGGACAUUCAGAGAACCGUUGAAUAUUUUCAAAAGCAUUCACUGACAGAGUGGUUGUCGCAUAUUCCUGUUCAAAUCUUAAUUGUCAGCAUCCGCAUAAUCUGGAACAGGCACGUCUUAAAAAUAUUUCACUCAAAUCACGACAGAGAUGCUGUGCUACGUGAAUUGAAUCAGCUCAAUGAGUACUACUCGGAGAUUCUUGAUGAAAUGGUUGAUGCAAUUAACAAGACGGGUUGUAAUCUGACGAGAAGGAGCAUAAACUCAUUAAUUUUAGUAAUCCUCAAUCUGCGAGAUACGAUUACCGUCAUGGUGGACGAAAACGUCGGAUCAGAGCAGGAUUUUGUAUGGCUCCGGCAAUUGAAGUAUUUCUGGUGCGAAGUUAGCAAGAAAUGUAAUCUGAGAAUGGCACAUGCGAGUCUAAGGUACUGCUACGAAUAUCUCGGCGUUCCAAGGCGAAUAGUAGUCACCUCUGACACCGAUAGGUGUUUUCUCGGUCUCCUGGCUGGACUACAUCGCAAUUUUGGGUCUGCCGUGUACGGGGCCUCUAAUGUAGGUAAAACGGCUACGCUUAGGGAGCUGGCACAAGCUUGUGGAUCACAACUCAUAAUUUUCAAGGCUGCUGAUGGGACCAAUUUACAGUCAGUCUCGAAGAUGCUCGAAGGAGUCGCUCAAACUGGCGACUGGCUCUGCUUCGAGGAAUUUUCCGACGUGAGCGAAUCAGCAGCAUCUCUGAUGGCGCAAACCGUCACCGAAAUUUUAAUGGCCAAGAUCCAGCUCCGGCGACGGUUUACACUAAAUGGCCGCGAAGUAAAGCUGCGGGCUUCCUGCUCCAUUAGCGUGACAAUGAACGUCUCGGUCCAAAAUCGUUGCUGUGCCAUGUUGCCAGACUGUUUGAAACACUUACUCCGUCAGGUUUCCAUCAUUAAACCUGAUCUAGAAACCAUCUUGCGGGGUUUACUGCUAUCUGAGGGAUUCAUCCAUUGGCUCUCUCUUGCAGGAAAAUUAAAGACAAUCAUCAAAACCUGCCGUCAAUACUUCACGAAUGAGAACCAUCAAUACUUUGGUCUCAGAUUGAUCAGACGUAUUUUGGAUCGAGCUGUUAUACUCAAGAAUCAGUCUUCAAGCACAACUGAGGAGGAUUCACUUCACAUGUCUGUUGAACAGGUCGUUCGAGCACAGAUUCAUCACGAGACAGACUUAAGUAUAUUCAAAAGCAUCAUCGAUGGAAUCUUUGCCACUAAAACGAGCAUCUCUGAGGACUUAGGAGCCUCGAAAAAACGAGGCCCAAUAAGAGAGGCGAUGGCAACUUUGGACCUGGAGCCCGAGGAGUACGUCGUCAGGAAAGUUCUGGAGCUGUGUGACGUCAUGGAGGCCCAGCCGGCGACGAUAGUUUCCGGUUGUCCGGGAGCCGGUAAAACAACGAUAAUUAACGUGCUGAAAGUGGCUUUAGAUAGACUUAAUGCAAACUCAGAAGAAUCGGGUCUCAUAGAAAAAGUAAUAAAACGCACUUUCCACCCCACAUCGAUGAACAACGACGAGCUGUUCGGUCGAUUUGACUCGAAGAAGACUGCAUGGCAAGAUGGUGUGUUCGGAAAACUUCUCAAAGACGCUGCGCAGAACCAAUCGGCAAAUUAUUGGUGGGUCAUAUGCGAUGGGCCAAUUGACGGUAAUUGGACGGAGAACCUGUUCACGCUGAUGGACGAUGGUGGUGUUCUACAUCUCUCAAAUAAUGAGAUGGUCAGGAGGGACUCCAAGGUUAGGAUUCUUUUCGAAGUGGAGGAUUUCUCAAGUGCGUCCCCCGGGCUGGUCAGCCGCUGCUGUUUGGUGCACGUGAUAAACCCGGAGCCGGCUUGGUCCCGUUGUGCGGGUAGCAUACGCUCCUGGGCGUCGAGACUCCUCAAGAAACAGAUUCUAAUGAAGGCCGCUAACAAAGCUUUGCUGGUGGACCUGUUCGAUAAAUUCCUGCGGUCGGCCGUGGAUUUCAUCGCUCAGAAUUGCGUCUCUGCGGUCGCCACGAUUACCCAGCCGCUCAUCGACAAGAUCAAAGGAGUCUGCGCCCUGAUAGAGGCCCUCCUGGUGGACUUGAAAUGUUGCAACGGGAAAUCCUCCGUCAACGAAACGACCAUUCGCCAAAGCUUUAUCUUCAGCGCUCUUUGGGGACUUGGUGGGGAACUGGACUCGGCAUCCAAGCGAAAGUUCGAGACUUUCGUCCGCGAGCAAUUCCCCGAGUACUCGGACUCGUUCGCGAACAUCAACAACUUGUGGACGAGUUUUCUGGACCUGAAGCAGCAGAGCUUCGUGGAGUGGAGCGGGUCCCUGCUAGAGGUCACGUUCGACAGGGCCGUUUCCUUGAGCCGCCAGUUCGUCCCCAGUGUUGAUACCAUGGCUCUCCACUACGUUGCCGAGAAGAUGCUAGCCAUGGAUCGCCCUGUUCUCAUCGUUGGACCGACGGGUUGUGGCAAAUCGAAGCUGUGCAACGCUCUGGUGAAAAGGUCGAAAAAAACAGAGUUGUGGACCACUCAAAAUGUUCACCUUUCAAGGUUCACUGGGGCAGCUGAGGUUCGUAGGAGUUUGAGGAUGAAACUGGUCAAAAAAGCUGGCAAUAGUUUGGGCGCUCCGAAUAAGAAAAAAAUGCUUUUCUUCAUUGAAAAUGUGACCACUCCAGCUCAAAAUGGCAAUGACAGCUCUUCGGUGGAAAUACUACGACAAUUACUAGACACAGCGGAACUUUACGCUCCAACCAAAAAAAUCCACAAAAAAAUUGUAAAUUUUACUUUAUUGGCGACCCACACUUACAAAAAUAGUUUUCGGAGAUGCAAUAAUGGACGUCUUUUGCGUCAUUUCUCAAUUUUGGGGAUGCCAGCUCUCACAGAAGAUACAAUGAAAGCUAUAUAUAAGCCCCUCCUGGAAAACUUCCUCUGUGAUAUGAAACCACUGGCGGAAAUAAGCGACACUCUAUUGAGUGCAAUGACCAACAUUUUCAAGGAUGUCAGAUCAGCUUUCAAUGCGGGAGCAACCCCCCAUCGGCACGUCUUCAACCCUCACUGCCUAUCGGAAAUCUACCAAGGGCUGACCCUGGCCGAUCCUGCCACCCUGAAACAACCCGCGGACGCUCUAACCAUCAUCACACACGAGUGCAUGCGGGUCUACGGCGAUCGACUGGUGACAACCAUGGAAAAGAAUCAGUUACAGGAUCUCAUCCAAAAAGUAUUUGGCAACCAUUUCCCCAAUUUAAAGUCCGCGCCGGAAGAGUGCGCCACUUUCACGGACCUCCCGUUCGACCGGAAAGAACGCGUUUACCAAGAGGUCAAAGACUCUGACAAACUGCGGCUCUUCCUGGAGGAGAGUUUGAGCGCGUGGAACGAUCUGACGGAGGAACCUAUGGAUUUGAUCUUCUUUCCGGAGGCGAUUCGGAGAGUCACUCAGAUGAACCGGAUGUUCCGCCUCAGGAAACCCUGCAUCCUGGUUGGUCCGCAAGGAAGCGGUAGGCGUUCGAUUGUCCGACUCGUCUCGUACCUCAAUGACUGUGGUUGUGUGGAAGUCGAGGGAAAUAAUUCUAGCUUGGAGGAAGUCUUGGAAACUCUUCGGUCAUGUUACAGAAACUUUGCGAUGAAGAAUAAAGACUGCGCCCUGAUGAUUUCGGUCAGCGAGUCCAACGUUGAUCGGUUUCUCGGUGUCAUCCAUUCAUUCGUGAACAGCUUUGUCCCAGGAUUAUUUGUCGGAGAAGAGUACAGAAAAAUAAUCGAGAGCUGUCGACCGAAGAGUGGAGAAGGGGACACGACGACUGAGGUCCAUGAAGAUGACCUCUACACUUCGUUCCUAGCUGAGAAGAGUGCAAGGAUCAGGCUGAUCAUUUGCGUCGAUAGUCAUGCUAAUAUAAUAGGGAAACUUAAAAUGGAGUACGCAGCGGUAUUGAACGCAUGCGCACUUUGCAACACGUCCGCGUGGACAACGGAGGCGCUAGAGGCGAUCGCCAACACUCGCCUGGCCAACCUGAGAAUCCCCAACGUGGGGAGUAUAGCCCGAGUAUGCGCCAAAUUCCACAAGCACAUGGAAACCCUCCCGGAAGAGAUGAAACGAAGCCACUGUCUCGAUUACACGGUGGCAGGCAGCAACUACACCCAGUUCUUGGCGCUGCACGCGUCCCUCUUCGAUCGGAAGUGGACCGAGAACAAUCGGAUAGAGGAACGCAUCGGGAACGGACUGAAAAAGCUGGAAGAGACCAAUUCCUUGAUCAAGGAGAUGGAGGCCAAGCUUGUUGAGCUUGAACCAGAGUUGAAGGAGAAGAUACAACAGACCGAUGAACUCCUUGCCGGCCUUGUUAAGGAGAAAGCUCUCGCAGAUGAGGUAAGAGCGGUUGUGGUGGCGGACGAGCAGGUGGUUAAGCAAAAAGUGGUUGAGACCCAAGGCCUGGUUGAUGAAGCUCAGAGAGACUUGGAUCUUGCAAUGCCUGCGGUGGAAGCGGCCAUGAAAGCCAUAGAUGGUCUCACCAAGAGUGAGCUGGAUGAGGUCCGCUUGCUUACGAAACCACCUAACCUCGUGCGUCUAGUCAUGGAAGCGGUGAGUCUGCUCCUGAACGCGAAGACCGAUUGGACUUCGAUCAAGGCGAUGCUGUCCGAGCAGAACUUCCUGAAGCGCCUCCUGGACUACGAUCGAGACUACGUGCCGGAUCUCCUUCUGAAGAAGCUGAAAAUCUACCUGGAGCACCCCGAGUUCAUACCGGAACUCGUCGCUGCCCACUCCAAAUUCGCCAAAGUCAUGUGCAUGUGGGUACGCGCCAUCGAUGGCUACGCUAAAGUCUUCCGCGUCGUCGAGACAAAACGCAAGAAAAUCGACAGCUCUGAAAAAGACUUGAAUGCCGUCAUGAGCGUGCUUAGGUCAAAGCAACAGAAACUGGCGGAGAUUGAGGCUCGGAUUUCCAAGACCGAAUCAACAUACGAUAAAACCCUGGCGAUAAAAGCAAACUUGGAAACGACGAUCGAACAAACCACCGCGAGGUUGAACCGCGCCAAACAACUAAUCGCGGUGCUCGCGGAUGAGCAAAUCGAAUGGACCCGCGCACUCGAAUUCCGACACCGCGCAGCGCAGUACCUCCUGAGCGACACUCUACUCGCCGCCGGUUACGUAUCAUACCUAACCGCGUUCUCAGCCGGUCACCGGGAUGCCUUCGUGGAAACGUGGCGACAAUAUUUAGCCGAACACGAGAUCCCGUGCUCCCCCAGCUUCGAGCUCACUCUGGUGGUGGGACAGCAGAACCAAACGCACCUGAAACACCCCGGCCUACCGCGCAACCGCCACUUUCUCGAGAACUCGCUGUCGGUCCGCCUCGCGAACCGACCGUGUUUGAUCUACGACCCGCAAGAUGUCGCUGCCACGUGGAUAACCCAACUCGAGGCGGAGAACAACUUACUGGUCGUCAAGGCAACCUCGGAUGACGUUGGCGGGAAAAUUCGAAAUUGCGUCGAGAGAGACAGCCCCGUACUCGUCACGGAUUUCAAUUCUGAGGCGCGCCAUCGCUGGUUGAGAGAGAUCCUCGCGGAUAAGCAGUUCAAAGCAACCGUUUAUGGGGCGAGUAGUGAGAAGAAGUGUUUCCGGUUGUACACCACGACGAAGGUCAAAAGUCGUGCGUGGGAGGCGCUCCGCGUUUUCACUUUGGUGGAUUUCUCGACUACGAGAGAUGAUUUAAAGUCCAUGUUCUUGACGGAUUUCAUGGUGCUCGAACAGCCUGAAAUCGAGACCGAAUACAAUGCGCUCACUACGAGUUUUGUCCUCGAUACGGGUAACCUAACGUCUAUGGAGGAGAGGGUGUUGUACCUUUUGUAUACGGCUGAGGGUAACGCUUUGGACAGUGAAGAGCUUGUGGAAACUUUUUACGAUUUCAAAGACAAAAUUGGGAGCGUGAAAUCUAAAUUAGCAGAUACGGUCUCGGCGAAGGUCGAAGUUUCGUCGAUGCGAGAAAAUUACGCAGCGGUGGCCGAAAGAGCUGCAGAUGCAUUUUUAGUCAUUGCACAUCUCUUUGUUCUAAAUCGAACCUACCAAUUUUCUUUGAACUCUUUCAGGCAUUCUUACCGAUCUGUGAUCAAGUCGGUCGAAAAAUCGGAGGAGACUGAUUAUAUUCCGACGUUGUUGCGGGAUAUUGUUCUCAGUACUUACAUCGACUCAUCAAAAAGUUUAAUAUUUGAACACAGACUUGUGUUAUGCAUCUUAAUGAGCAUUAUUACCGACAAAAGCAUCACCAAAGAGCAAAUCAGUUUUGUUUUGAAAGAUUUCCCACGUGAGGAAAAACUUGAUGAAGGAGACGAAAGUGAGAUGUGCGCAGACUUUUUAUCCGCUAAUUUUGAUGCGUUCAAGAGUUUGCCGGAAAAAAUCGAUGAGAUAAAAAUCUCCGUCAACGAGAAGAAUGAAGUCAUGCUCAUGAAUUGGGAGAAGCCAUUGACACCUUUCGAGAAAAUUAUGUUGGUCAAGUUUUUGAAGAGUGAUUUCCUGAAAUUCUACCUCAAAGAGUACGCAUCUAUAAUGUUAGGUCUCGACUUCAUCGAAGAUCGACCGGUGGCUUUACCGUCAAUUUUCAGAGAAACGAAUAAUUCGACACCGGUCCUCCUGAUUUCAACACAAAAAUCGAAUCCGUUCAAAAACGUGUUCAGUUUAGCGAAAAAUACUAGUUGCGAGAAACUAAAACCGCUAACCACAGGAUGUGGAAAGACGGAUUUCGAAGAGGUACUUCUCAACGCGAUGCAGAAAGGAGAAUGGCUGUAUUUGCAAGCUUGUCACUUGGAGCAGAUCACCGCAGGACACAUAAUUACACAUUUUCUAGCUAAUGAUCAAGAAAGGGGUAAAGUACAACAAGACUUUCGAUUUUUUUACUCAGCCCAGGUGGGCUCAAGUUUGGAUGUAUCCGUAUUGCAAAAAUCCAAGAUAUUUUCACUGGAAACUUCACCGAGCAUUAAAGCCUCUUUAAUGGCAGCCUUUACCUCGGUGAAGGAACACAUCAUACACCAGUUUGACAGUGACCCCUGGUGGCGCGAGACAGUUUACAACUGCGCACUUUUCCACGCUGCCGUCAUGCAAACCCAGGCAUGGCACCAUAGUUACAGAUUCUACACAGAAGAAUUCACCAGCGCUAUCUCCUGGUUGAAACUAGAAACUGACUUACGCGAUGGGCACGUAUCUGCCGUAGAGGUUACAGAAAUUUUGAGGCACUGCUACACUCCGAAAAUCACCACAACUGCGGACAAUCAUUUGUUAGACGCAAUACUGGAUGCAGUAAUGCGUUCAGAGGGGCUCGUUUCAGAGCGAAUUGUGAACCCUGGACUCCAGACCUUCGAAGAGUAUACUACGUUCAUCAAUAACCUCUCAAACUUGCAGGUCAUCCCUCUGUUCAAAGGCGGAUGUGCCGUGGAUUUUGAGCCGCGGUAUCUUCGAGACGUGGAAAAGGUACUGCCACACACGAUGAAUUACAUCAUCGAUGCAGAGAGCCAACCGCUUGUAAUCCAGCGGCAACAAGUUUUGCAAGCUAUUGAAGUCUUACUGGCUGACGUGGUGGAGUAUGUGGACGAACCGGAAAAUUACCCUUUGGGUUCCCCUGAUUUUGUCUUAAAUGAAGUCUUACGUAAAGAAGUUUAUGAGUACAACGACGUGUUGCGAACAAUCCGAACGUCUUUAAAUAUUUUAAAGCAGACUUUGAGGGCGUGUGACGUCAUGACACAAGAGUUGGAAGACGUGUUCGAUGCGAUUGGUAGAGAUAGGGUCCCUAUCUCAUGGGCGCAACAUCCGGUGCAGCAUUCUCUGGUUUCUUGGAUGUCGCUGCUGAAGUCCAAACUCACCUUCAUUCGGGAAUGGGUGUGUGCGACUAAGAACGGAACCAAACCGAAAUCUUUCUGGUUAGCAGCUCUCAACUCACCUUGCCAGUUACUUGCAGCUUUCGAACAAACUUUGGCGGAAAGGAAGGGGAUCCCAUUGACCAAUACAAAACUUUGUUUUGAGCCUGUAUCAAAUUCGAUCGAAGAAUUAACCAAGAAAGAGACCAGCCCUGUGUCUGCGUCGUUUGGAGAGUCUAAGGCGGCAGUCAAAAGUCUUGAUCGGGAUCAUAGUUUGGGGGACGAGAUAAAAGGAGACGAUAUUUUUGUGCGGGGGCUGUGCCUUAAAGGAGCCAGUUUUGAUUUGGAGACAAACUGUUUGGUUGAAAAUGUCGCUGAAAAUGAGUGUUCAAAACUUCCGAUGUUAAAAUUAUUGGUCCAAGACCGAUGUUCGGAAAUUUCAUCCUCGUUUUAUGAUUGUCCGAUGUAUGGAGCUAGGGGUAAAAGUGAUGAAAACUUUGUAAUGACAGUGAAACUGCCAACACACAAAUCUGAGGUUUUCUGGCGUUUGAGAGAUGUUCAUUUGAUUCUCGAGUAG